GACUCCUUCAAAGUGUUACAUUGGAUGGAAAGACUUUUCUGACAUUCUAGAUAGGCUUGCCUAUGGUUAUUCAUUGAAUAAGAAGUAUUUUGCAUGUUUCAUAUACCUUGUCUUCUAUAUGUUUCUUUUAUACGCCUGAGUAGCUCCAAUAAUUUCCUACAAUCUUGUAUUAGUGUAUUAAAUCUAUUGUUAUAUAUUAUGCUUGGACAAUUAAAUACCAACUUUAUUUGUAGAUGUAAAAUAAUUUUCUACAAAUAAGAAGAAUUAUUUUUCCCUUGCUAAUUUCCAUUCUUCAAAGCUUGAGCUCAUAAAAUAGAGGGAUGGUCGAUUUGGCUUAUCAGUGUAAAUUACAUAACAUGCUAUGUUUGCCUAAUUUUCAAUAACAAAAGUAAUCUGAUGAUCAUGCUUGACAAGAUAGGGCACACAGUAGAUACCAUACACAUAAUUUCAAGAUCUUUUUGGCUAGUCAACUCUAUUAUGGAUUUAAUUCUAUUAUAAAAGUCGAGCUAUAAUUGUUAAGAUGAAACUAAAAAAUUUGGAGUCACCUAAUCGUGUUGAAUAACAGUUAAAUUAAAAAGACAGUUUAUUAAUUAUACAAGACUUUUUUUAGAAGCUCCACAAGUAAUUAAUGCUCUUGUUGGUCAGCUAAGAUGGGUUCGUGUUUGACCUUGAUGAGUACAAAAUCAUAUCGGGUAUGAGCAACAAGUGUAUUAGAUUAAGAUAAGUUGUUAUUUUGAUAGCCUUUACCUGGUAUUUGACGUGAAUGACAAGAAAAAGCCAAUAGAUGUGCUCAAAGGAUUUUUGAUUCUCAGUGGAGUCUUUCUUCAAAGAGAAAGUGGUAUCAUUCCUUAACACAUCAUGCCCACAAAGACCACCACUCCACUCCUAUGGGAUUUCCUCCCACUAUCCUCAGCUUGAUGAUUCAUUAUUUGUAGGAAUUGAGAUUGUUUUAUCCUCAGGGACAUCGACAAGGCUAAACAUGUACAUUUAUCAAGGUAUUGAAAGAUUCACAUAGUAAAUGACAACCGGACAAGAAUGCAUUGAACUUGUUGUCAAGAAAAGUGAAAAUCAAAUUGGCACUAAACUAUGGCUUCAAAAUGGGCCACUUGUUCUUUGGUUAUCCUUUCUCAAAGAAGCUAUUGCAGCAAGUUAAGUCAUAUUGUGUAAUAAAAUCCAAGAUGGUGUUUCAAGAUCAACUCUCACAGACCAAAAUGCUUUAGAUCUAUCCAAGCAAGCUGAAUCACUGAUUGAUGUUUUGGUGAAUAUUCUUGGAUGGGAGGAUCAAAACAUGGUUGAUGAGAUAAAUUGCAAUCUUCUCUUAAUAAUUCACUGAUUCUACUUCAAGAGCUAAGGAGUCAUAUUGGAAGAGAGGUAAAGAGUAAAUUCCUUUGCUAUGGAAUGUGGAGCAGCCUUUAAAGGACAAGAUCCUAUGUCAAGGUCAUCAAGAUGUACUUUUCUACAACUAAAAGUAUUUGUAGGGACACAGCAAACACAUGGGAAGUGGACACUCCAGUUAAACCACCAGAUGUACUUUUCAGCAUAUUUCUUGGCAGUGUAACACAUGAUCAGAUAUUGAAGGUUUUAGCAUCUAGAAACCGCCUGGAUCCACCUUUGGGCUUUGCUUUGAUAAUACCUCCAGGACAUUGUCCUAUUCCAAAGGGGCCUACGGGGUUGUGUUUUAGGAAAUGUGGCCAUUGUAGCUCGUUAUGCCCAACUUUCACAUGGGCUAAGGGUGUGUUUAUCAUUGAUUUUGAUGCUCACCAUGGAAAUGGGACAAAUGAUGCUUUUUAUGAUGAUCCAGAUAUAUUUAUCAUUUCAACUCACCAAGAUGGAAGCUACCCGGUACUGGUAAAGUUGAUAAGGAAGGUCAUGGAGAUGGUGACGGAACAGAAAUUAAAUUUGCCUAUACUUGGAGGGUCAGAUGAUAUUGCCAUGACAACUGUGCUUGAUGAAAUUAUUGUACCCUGUGCUCAAAGAUUUAAGAUUAAGGCAGAUAUAAUUCUUGUCUCUGCUGGGUUUGCUCUAUUUGGGUGGCAGAAAUGAAGGCAUGAAUUCAAAAUGGAUAGACAUUUAAGAGUUUCUCCAGUAUUGAAAUUUAAUUUCAACUAAUCAAAUUAAACACACUUAUCUAUCACAGGAUUUGAAUCAAUUAGUUAUUGCACGUAAAAUGUAAAGAAUCUUUUUAAUAUUCAGCCUCAGUCUUUCACCUUUUUUUGGAGAGAUUUUCAACCUAUAACGUCUGAUAGAUAUUUGGUAAUGCUUCCAAAUUUGAACAACCAGAAGGGGCAACAUCCUCUGCUAUCAAAUGAAAUUAUGGCAUAAAGACAUCCUCUAUGGUUCUAAAGGCAAUUCUUCUGCCCGCCAUCCCCUACCCGCUGGUUUAGAUUGUCAUCAUCUUUAAGUAGCUUAUAACAAAUUAUCAUAGUCAAUCUGGUCA